UGAUUUUUUUCUUUUGUUUGUCAUGGCACUAAAUGUCAAUCCUGAUUACUUCAUGCCAAUUUAGAGGAAAUAGUGUAGGAAGAGAAAACCCUAGUCGUAUGGAUUCCAGUCGCCAACCGCACUCUUCAGCAACUUCACCGGCAAGGCAUGCAUCGGCAGAUAUGGACGAGAAAGGGGAGCCAGUGAUUAUUGGAGGAAUGGUGUUGGACAUACACGCCACUCCCUCUGUUCCCGCAGACCUUUGUACCACUACUCCCGGCAAGGUGGAGUAUAUGCUUGGUGGUGUGGCAAGGAAUAUUGCUGAAUGCAUGUCAAAACUGCAGACAAAGCCUUAUAUGAUCAGUGCUGUAGGGGUUGAUGUGGCAGGGAAUAUAUUGCUGGACAACUGGAAAUCUUCUGGUUUAUCUAUUGAAGGAAUUCAAAGGUGUAAAAGUAUUGGGACUGCUAUUGUAUCCAACACAUUUGAUGUUAAAGGAGAAUUGGUUGUUGGUGUUGCUAGUCUGGAAGUAAUUGAGAAGUUUCUGACACCUGAGUGGAUAAAACAUUUUAAUUCAAAUAUAUGCUCUGCACCCAUAAUUAUGGUGGAUGCAAAUUUGAGCCCUCGUGCACUAGAAAUGUCUUGCCAAAUGGCAGCAAAAGCUGGAGUUCAUGUGUGGUUUGAACCUGUAUCAGUGGUAAAAUCUAGAAGAGUGGUCUCUGUUGCAAAGCAUAUUUCUUUUGCUUCACCUAACGAACAUGAACUAAUUGCAAUGGCAAAUGCCUUGUCUCAUGAAGAGAUCUUUACACUAAAUCCCCAUGAUUUCAAUGGAUCCCAGAAUUCAGUGGAGUCUUUAUUCCAGAAGCUUAAGCCAGCAAUAUGGGUUUUGUUGGAGAAAGGAAUUGAAGCUGUUAUUGUUACAGUAGGUUCGAAUGGGGUUUUCCUAUGUUCUAAAAGAGGUCGCAAAUUCUGGAAAAGCAGUGAUAAGCUCCACAAUUUUGACAGUUCAUUAUAUAAACUAGUGAAUUCCAGUUGUGGUCGAGACCAUUUCUUUGGUGCAUCAAAGUUUGGGGGCGACUUUGGUUUUUUUGCUAUGCACUUUCCAGCACUUCCUGCAUCAGUUGUGAGAGUUUCAGGUGCUGGUGAUUGUUUAGUUGGAGGGACACUUGCUGCCCUAUCUACAGGUCUAAAUAUUAUGCAAAGUAUUUCUGUGGGUAUUGCAGCAGCCAAAACUUCCAUUGAAGUUGAUGCUAAUGUACCUUCAGAAUUUUCACUAGCCAAAAUCGCAGAAGAUGCAAGAACAGUGUAUUUUGCUGGUAAAGAUAUAUUUUGUCAAUCUAUGUUGUAACUAGAUGGUAAGGAAGCUACUAGGAUUAUGGGCAGGAAUAUGAGUAUGCAGCCAGCUGACACAUGUAAAAAAUGGCUUAUAUCAACCAGAUUGAGGAAAAAUGGUUGGAAUUGAAGUAUAUGGCAUAAUUUGGUUGACAUGAAGAAGAAAUGCAAUCAUAGUGAGUAGAUGUCAAUUUGUAUGGGAGCUGAGAAGACCCCCUCACACAUUUUACUUCAUUGCAAGAUUGUUUGGAAAAUCUGAAUUUUGUUAUGUA